AUGAGUCAAAGAAUAAAGACAGCACUAAUAAAUUUCUUGUUAGAAGUAGUACCUUCUGUACUAGAUUGUUCAAGACAGCAAUUAACAUCUUUACUUACAAGUCAUGGUGAUGAUUCUCUGAAGAGGUUUUUACGUGAUACUGAUAUUCACUGUUUGAUAGUAGGCAAGGAGCCUGUAGAAGGAAAUCCAGCUCAGGGUGUAGAACUAAGUGAUAACCAGGAAGAAGUAUCUAGAUCACUCUCAUCUGAUGGGAGUGGAUUGGAAUAUGGAAAUACCUGGUCACAAUAUGAACUAUUUAUAGAAACUAGUAUGACAGCAAGAUGUUUAAAGGCAUCUUUAAUGGUCUUUGUUAAGAAUCUCGGGUUUGCAGUGUCUGAAGAUGGAAUAAUAACUACAAGCGCAGAUCGAGAUCAUGGUAAUUUAAGUGAAUCACUGAAAAGAGAUGAUGAUAGAAAACAUACUCCAAUAAAAAGUACUAGAACAAUAGCUUCAAGCCUUCAGUGUAUCCAGUUGGGAUUUGUGGACUCAAAGUUUACCCCAUAUGAAGUUUUAAAUCAGUAUCUGCAAUAUGCAUUUACUCCCUUAUUGGGAGUCUUAGGUAAUGUAAAAAACUCUUCUUCAUUAAAUGAUUCCACAGAAGGUAUUGAUGGAGUUGAUUCUAACUUAACUAAUAUAUCUGGCUCUUCAGGGGCAUAUCUAGGUUUGGAUAAUAUUCAGAGAAAAGUUAACGAAUUAUGCAUAGCUUUACAACAGGGUCAGGAUGAUAGCAUGGUUCCGAUGGUUCGUUUAGUUUUAGAUUCUAGAGUUUAUGAAUAUGCAAAAGAGUAUAAGAAUUCCGGUCGUCAAAUAAAUAUGGAUGGGAUUGCAGAUGAUCAAACAUUUUUAUCUGGUUUACAGAUGUCUUUAACUCAGUGGAUUCGAGAUAUCCAAUCUCUUGCAAGGUUCCAACGUGAUAUUGGUUUAAGUGUAACAUCAGAAGUUAAGUUUUGGUCCUCCUAUGAGAGGAGCUUACAACAGAUAAUGCAGCAAAUUCAAAGCGUAGAGGUGGAAUGGAGUUUAGCUGUUCUAAGACAGACCAAAAAAUUUCUAGCAGCAAUAUCUUUGGAAGUUGAUACGGGUCUUAAACAAACUCUAGAAAGAGUUCAAAGUGUGAAUUCCCUAAUUCACGACUUACCUAUAAAUGACUUGCUUGUUGCAUCAACAGUAGAUGAGAUAAUAUCUGCAGUUCAUCUUUUUUUUCAGCAUAUAAGAAAGAUUAAAGCUGUAGCUGCUUAUCCAAUUUCCAGAGUAUUUCAGCUUGUUGAAGUAUAUUCUGCAGAUAUGACUAGGCAACUAUAUAAGGUACUUCAGAAUACUCCUAGUAAAGUGUCACUUAUGAACCUUGAAUAUCCACUUUUUGAACAUCUUGUAAAUGGAUGCAAUGAACUGGCCCAAACAUGGGAAGAUGAGUGGCGUCUACUAAAGGAAAUUAUUCGAGAUCUAAUUAAGAAGAGAGGUUUAUCUGAACGUGCACACCCUAAACUAGAUUUUAAUCAUAUACCCUUGAUUCAACGUUUAAAUGAUAUUGUUGCUUUUCGUAAACAGCAUCAGAAACUUAAAGAUACUCUUGUUGAGCUCUUAACAAGUCGAUCUGGAGAUACAAGGAAUGAAACAACAGCUUCUACUAGGGGAGGAAUGGAUAUGCUUCAGACAUUAGCUAAAAAAGAUUUAGAACAGGCUUAUGCUUGUGUAGCUAACAUAAAUAUACUGGAUCUCUCCUCUAUUGGACUUGAAACUUGGGAGGCUGGGAAACAAGCUUACAAUAAUAAAAUGGAUGCUUCUGAAACUCUACUAAUAAAGCAACUUCGAGAACAACUUAAUAAUGCAAGCAAUACUUUGGAUAUGUUUCAUAUUUUAGGGCGUUAUAAUGUUCUCUUUUUCAGACCAAGAAUUCGAAAUGCUGUAGAGGAGUACCAAAAUAUUCUACUAGAAAAGGUCGAAGCUGAUUUUAAACUUCUGCAAACUCGCUAUCAAAAUCCUUAUCAGUCAAAUGCAGCGUCUCAAUUCUCAUAUUUACGCGAUAUUCCUAAUGUUGGUGGCACUUUAAUAUGGUCACAUUUACUGCAGGACAGGAUUCAAAACAUUUAUCAAAAAUUGGAGAGCAUAUUUGGUUCUAACUGGGAAUUUGAGGCUCAGGGACAUAAAGUGAAAAGUGAUGGAGAUCAAAUUACCUCAAAGAUUCAUCCCAGCAAAAUUGUAGAUUACUGGCUACAGCGCAGAAAGGAUGACAAAGUUACCUAUGACUUGAACAAACCAGUUUUCGGUUUACAAAAGAAUUACAAUGCCACUAUUUCAAAUUCAAUUUUGGUUACUACUAUAGAUCCUAAUAUUCUAUCACUUUUUAAGGAUCUAAGAAUUAUUCAGUCCUAUUCCUAUAGAGUCCCUUAUAGUGUUAAAGUUUUGUCUGAUGAGCUAAAACUUCUAUAUCCCUAUAUUACUCGUUUAAACUCUUUGUGCAUGAAUUGGAUGAGAAUUUCAACUUUCUUGGAAAUGGAACCUGGAAAACGAAUUUCACCUUUGUUAACUCCUUAUAGAAACGAUGUUUAUAAUGUUAUUCAAGAUGGUUUAACUCUCAAGUGGUCCUCAGAUCAUUUGGAUGCUUUCAUUGGAAAAUUUAAUGAUUCUGUGGAUAUUCUAGAAGCUAGAUUUGAAACUGUUUUAGCUAUAGAUGAGGAACUCUCGACUCUUAUUGAUCAGAUACAAAAUAUUCCAAUUUACAAUGGAUUUGAUGAACUAGUUAAACAUAUGAACAAAAUUUAUAGUAUUAGUGAUAGUCUGCAAGAACUUUUAUUAGCAUAUCGAAUAGACUAUCUGUUUUACUGGGAUCAGGUAAUUCAAUCUUAUUUACUUCCAAAACUAAAGGGAUUUAUAACUCUCUGGAUACAACAGUUUGCAGGAUUGCAAAUAUCUGGGGGACCUACAGUAAGUUCAAACACUGGAGGAAACUUAUCUACUGGAAAUAAUUUGACUAUACCCACAUCCUCAAAUCUUCUUUUGGACCUUCCUCAAACGGUGAUUACUCUUCAAUUAGUAGAUCAAAAAAUCACUUUAAAUCCUUCAUUAGAUGAUUUAAAAUCUUACUGGCUCCAAAGAUUCCAUCAAGCUUUAGCUCAGCUUACUAGUUUGAGACGAAUUAUUGAUGUAGUAAGUAUUUCACCUAACUCCCCUUUUGCUCAACAAUUAAAGAUAGGAUUAAAGAAGAUGGAAGUAGCAUCUAAUAUAGAGGAACUGAAGUCAGCUGUGCAGUCUCCUGUAGUGAAAUCUGAUUCAACUACUAUAUCUGAUACAGUUCAUCCAUGGGUUAGCUCUACUGAUAUAGGAGCUGUUGAGAAAGUUCCCAUAGAUAAUACAUAUCGACACUUAAUUUUGUUGCUGCCAGAAUCUCUUAUUGAGUGGAGCUACGAAACUUUAGACCAUUUAUUUGUUUCUGUUGAUAACUCAAUAGAUCAUUGGCGUCAGUUUGAGGCUUUAUGGACUGUUGAAUUGAACAGCGUAACAAACCAAUUGAUUAAUUUGAGCCAAUGGCAACUAUUAUUGAGGGACAUGAGAAAUUUAAGAUCAACAUUUAACAUGAGUGACGAUUUGAAGUGGUUUAGCCCCAAAAUAGGUCUUGAAGUCUCUUCUGUUCAGGCUAAAAUAACUAACAAGUAUGACAGCUUAGCUAGGGAAGUAUUACAUCUUUAUGCAACUAAGCUUAAUGAACAACUAUCCAAUUAUUGGACUUCUAUUAAUAGCAUCAAACUUAUGCUGAACAAGCUAGAACCUUUUCUACCUGAAUGGUUAUCAUGGAUAGACAAAAAUUCUUCAAAUCUAUUCUCUAUUACAUUAAAUACAAAUCAAAUUCUAGCUGAAGGUUCUAUAAUGGUCAAUUUACCAAAUAAUGGAAAUUCUUUACAUUCAACAUUGGUGGAAUUAAGCUCUAAGAUUAUCUCAGCUCAGGAAUUUGAUGCAAAGCUAGGUAGUGAUUUACCACUGCUACUAGAUGGGCAAAAAUUUCUGGAAGUUCAACGUUUCACCUUUCCAAAUGAUUGGAUUUGGGCUGAACAGUUUGAGGGUGAAUAUGAAAACACCCACCAACGCCUGGAUCACUGCUUUAGUAUUGUUAUACAGCCAAAUAGACGUAAGAUUGAGACUUACCUUAAGAUGACAGUACAGCUCGUAUUCCAAACCUAUCAAAAUUUACUAAAUGAGUGGACUCAACUUCGAAGUAUUACGUUUGUUAAAGAUCCAUCUAUAAUAUUGGAUCAAAUUACUCUUAUAGAAAAAAAGGUGAAUACUGUCCAUAAAGAUGUAGAUUCAUAUCGUUUAAUUUUCAGGGCCUUUAAAUUCGAUUCAAAUUGGAUAGACUCUGAACUUAAAAAGAUAACAGGAGAUACAUUUGAAGUUGCAAUUAAGGACUUUAAAGAUUUCAAAGAUAUCUGGAGUCAACUGAAUAUAUUCUUUACUACUAUCAAUGGGCUUAAAAGUACUCUUUGGGUUAGUGUUAACCCAAAAACUCUAAAAUCUAAUUUAGAAGAACUAUUAACAAAUAUAAAGUCAAUACCUAUCAAAUAUCGACAAUAUGAUGCUUUUGAUCAAUUGGAAAUGGAUGUGAAAGAUUAUAUGAAGUAUAUGUUAUAUAUUACAAAACUCAAGGUUGAUUUUUUCAAGGAAAGACACUGGAGAAUUCUUCUUAGCAAAGUUAAAUGGCAAGAUAAAAAGACAAGGGUUAGUGUUUUAGAUGGAAGCUUUAAAGCAACUAGAGGAGUUCAAGGAGCUUCUGGAAAAUCUAUUUUAACAUCUGCACCUUCCAAUAUUUCAGUAGAUUCAUCCAUUUCAAUUGUAUCUCCAGGAUCAGCUUCUGGAAACAAAAUUAUUGCACUUUCUUCUAGUAACAGUUCCUCAAUACUCUCAGCAUCAAUUUUAUCUACAUUAACUUUGGGAGAUGUAUGGAGCAUAGAUUUUGAUACUUCAGGAGCUGUAAUAACAGAAAUAAUUAUCAAAGCUCAAGGUGAACAUACUUUGGAAACUUAUUUAUUAAAUAUUAAGGAAAUUUGGACUUCUUUAGAAGUAGAGUUUACCACUCUACCUUCUAACGCAUCUAUAAAAGUUGUCAAGAAUUGGGAUGUCAUAUUAUCCCUUAUAGACGAUCACUUAAGUGCUCUUCAAAAUAUGGCCCUUUCACCUUAUUAUGAGAUCUUUCGAGAAGAAAGUCAAACUUGGGUUGAGAAGUUAACGAGAUUAAGAUCGAUAAUUGAUUUGUGGAUGGAAACUCAAAGACGCUGGAUAUAUUUACAAGGAAUAUUCAUAGCUAGUACAGAUAUUGCCAACCUUCUGCCACAGGAGUAUAACCGAUUUCAUACUGUAGAUCAUGAAGUUCAAGUAAUAUUGAAAAGAUCAUUAAGUAAACCUAAAGUUCUGGAUAUUUUAUCCUUUGAAGGAUUAGUGAAGUCUCUGGAAAGAGUGUCAGACUAUUUAAACAAGAUUCAAAAAGCUUUAGGGGAGUAUUUAGAAAAACAACGAAGUAUGUUUCCACGCUUUUACUUUAUUGGAGAUGAAGACUUACUAGAGAUGAUUGGAAAUGGAAAGGAUGUUACAGUGGCUCAGAGACACUUUAGUAAAAUUUUUGCAGGUAUUUCUUAUCUUGAAUUCUCUAUUAAGGGGAGCGAAAAUAACAUGGAAACUAAUUCAGAUAAUUCAGCUUUUAAACAGUUCAGAGUAAUUGAGUGUAUAAUAACUGGAAUGUUUUCUAAGGAAGGGGAAAAAAUAAGCUUUAAGAAACCCAUUAAUAUUUAUAGUGAUACUUCCCUGGUUGACUGGUUAAAUAAUGUUGUCGUAGCAAUGCAAGAUACACUAAAAGAUCUUAUGAGACAAGCUGUGAGUGAGAUUUCUCAGGAAUUUCCAUGUCCCAUUAAGGAUGAGAAUGAGACCUUGAAUAUGAAACUAUCAAAAAUCUUUUCAAAAUUCCCAGCUCAAGUUUUGCUAGUAGCUUGGAUAACUUGGUGGACUCAAAGGACUGAAGAAAGUUUUGUAUUAAAAAGUACCAAACAACUUUUAGAAAUGAUUCAAGCUAUUCUCUCAGCCUUGACAAAUAUAGUUAGCAAGUUUGAUGAAUCUAAUAGUGAAAAAACAAAAUACAAUGAAAUGAUUGUAGAAUUUGUGCAUCAACGAGAUGUUUUAAUUUACCUAAGUUCUGUGGGAGUUGAUAGCCCUCAAAGUUUUCAUUGGUUACAGUAUAUGAGAAUGUAUUCUAGACGAAUAGAAGGUUUAGACAGCACCUCUACAGACAAGAAAAGUCUAGCUAACACCUUAAUUAACUAUGAUAACUCAAACAGUAAUGAUACCUCUAGCAAUUCCUUAAUUGUUGUUAGUAUAUCAAAUGCAACAUUUCUCUAUGGUUAUGAGUACUUAGGUAUUCCUGAGAAACUAGUUCAAACUCCCUUAACAGAUAGGACAUAUUUAACUUUAACUCAAGCCUUAGAUAUGCGCUUAGGAGGCAACCCAUUUGGUCCUGCUGGUACAGGAAAAACUGAAACGGUAAAAGCACUAGGAAAUCAAAUGGGACGUUUUGUUCUAGUAUUUAACUGCGAUGAAAGAUUCGACUUUACAGCUAUGGGCAGAAUCUUUGUUGGGUUAUGCCAAGUAGGAGCCUGGGGAUGUUUUGAUGAAUUUAAUAGACUACAAGCAAGAAUUCUUUCAGCUGUUUCUGAACAGAUUCUGACAAUUCAGACAGCUCUUUCUAGGCAAAGCAAUACAGUUGAAUUACUUAAUAAAGUAGUUCCAAUGAGUCCUGAUGUUGGGAUUUUUGUAACAAUGAACCCAGGAUAUGCCGGAAGAUCUGAACUCCCAGAUAAUCUUAAACACUUAUUAAGAGAAAUUGCUAUGGUUAUUCCAGAUAAACAAAGAAUAGCUGAAGUAACUCUUUUUGCACAAGGAUUUCAAUAUGGAAACAUCAUUUCUAAACAAAUUGUCACUUUGUUCGAACUUUGUCAAUCUCAAAUGAGUAACCAACCUCAUUAUGACUUUGGUCUACGCUCUAUGAAAUCAGUUUUAAAGUCUGCAGGAAAACUAAAAAGGAGACAAUUAGGGGGAAUACCUGAUCUAGAAACAUGCAAUUCAGAAAUGGGAACUAUGGAUAAAAAAAAUAUUUUACCUAAUGAUCAUCAAAGUGAUGAUAAGACUUCUAAUAUAUUAAAAAGUGAGCAACAGUUAAUUAUCCGCUCUAUAUCAUCCACUUUGCUACCUAAACUUAUAGCUAGAGAUAUCCCUCUAUUAUCAACCUUGUUUCAAGGAGUAUUUCCAUCUGUAUCUACUGAGUCUGUCCAUGAUCUUGUUAUGGAGGAACAGAUUUGUAAUUUUUGCUACCAAAACUCACUAGAACCUAGCCCAAGAUGGAUGGAUAAAGCACUUCAGCUUUAUGAAAUACAAAAAUUAAAUCAUGGUGUAAUGCUUGUAGGGUCUACUGGAACAGGGAAAAGUAGUAUUAGACAGAUCCUUCUGGAUGCGAUGGAUGCUGUAGAGGGAUGUAAAAGUAGUGUUUUUGUUAUAGAUCCUAAAACUAUUGAUAAAGAAAGUCUUUUUGGGAAACUAAAUCCUGUAACUCUGGAGUGGACUGAUGGAAUAUUUACAGCUUUACUUAGAAAAAUUAUUAGUAGUGGUGAUACAAUGGGAGCAGGUGGAACAGCAUCUUCCAUUAUACCUUUAACUACCCCCUCCACCUUGAUAGACAGUUCUACUUCCCCUAAUAAACGAUAUUGGAUAGUAUUUGAUGGUGAUGUUGACCCAGAAUGGGCUGAAAACUUAAACUCUGUAUUGGAUGAUAACAAAAUUCUUACACUUCCUAAUGGUGAGCGUUUAGAGUUACCAAAUUGUGUUCGAAUUAUAUUUGAAGUUCAUACUCUAGCUACUGCAACUUUAGCUACAGUUUCACGCUGUGGUAUGAUUUGGUUUAGCGAAGAUAUAAUAACAGAUGAAAUGUAUUUUAAAUCUUACCUAUACAAAACUAUUAAGACAGUUUUGAAUAAUAAAAUCUUAUCAUCUCCACCUUCAGCACUCGGAAUAUCUGGAGUGCCUGGGUCUAUAUCUGAAGUGGGAUACUCUUCCACUGCUACUUCAGCUGUAAAUUCACUAUCUUUAUCUAAUGGUGAUCAAGUUCAGGAAAUGGAUAUAGAGACCUUAGUUAGAAACAAGGCGUUUACAAUAUGGUCCUCACUACUUAUAGGAACUAAAAAAGGUGAUUCAGAUGGGAAUACUGGAGCUUCUACUUUUUUUGGAUCAAAAUGUUUGACACUAGCAUCUAAUUUCCCUCAUGUAAUGACCUUUACACGAAUAAGAGUGAUAGGAAAUAUGUUUUCUCUAUUAAACUAUGGAGUUAAACUUAUUUUGGAACAAUAUGAAUCAAAUAACACUGGAUUUGAUAUCUCUUCAUCUACUCUAUUUUUCAAUAAUUGGCUUAUUUGGAGUAUUAUUUGGGGUUUUUCAUCAAGUAUGAAUUUAGCUGACAGAAUUGCAUAUACUAGAGAACUAGCAAAACUUGUAACAUUUACAGAUUUACCACAAGAUCUUGUGAAUAAUGAAGAUAUUGAUACUUCAUUAUUGGAUUAUGGAGUACUUGUGCAUUCGGGCUCUUGGCAACGUUGGUCACAUGAUCUAGAUAAAAAAGUGGUUGAAGUAUCCUUGAGUCAGGUUUUAGAUUCUAGUAUUAUUAUAGAAACUGUUGAUACUUUAAGACACUAUCAUAUUCUACAUGCUUGGAUAAAUGGACAUUUACCAGCCAUUCUAUGUGGUCCUCCUGGAAGUGGUAAGACUAUGACCCUAUCUUCUGUCCUAAGGAAUAUGUCAGAUGUAGACGUUGUGUCCCUAAAUUUUUCAUCAGCUACAACUCCAGAAAUUCUCAUCAAAACUUUAGAUCACUACUGUGAAUUUGUGAAAGCUCCAAAAGGCUGGAUUUGUAGACCCGUAGUACCAAAUAAAUGGCUUGUUGUUUUCUGUGACGAAUGUAAUCUCCCAGAGCCUGAUCAAUAUGGUACUCAGAGAGUUAUAAUGUUUAUAAGGCAAUUAGUCGAGUCGCAUGGAUAUUGGAAAAAAGAUGGAUCGCAGUGGAAUUUUGUGACUCUAGAAAGAAUUCAGUUUGUAGGGGCAUGUAAUCCUCCAACAGAUACUGGAAGACAUCCUCUAUCUGAUCGAUUUCUUAGACAUUCUCCAGUACUUUUUGUGGAUUUCCCAGGUACAAAGUCACUUAAACAAAUAUACUCUGUCUUUAAUAGGGCUAUUCUCAAGCCUUUCCCAACUCUGUAUGAACAUUCUGAGGCUUUAACUUCACUAAUGGUAGACAUUUAUGAUCUUUCUGAAAAGACACUUACUGUGGAUCUCCAAUCUCAUUAUAUUUACUCUCCUCGAGACUUAACUAGAUGGAAAAUUUCCUUGUACUCAGGGAUCCAUGGUAAAGGACAAACAUCUUUGACCGAGAAAGUAUCAGCGAAUGAAAGUCACGGAGACUCUUAUUCUUCAAUUAGCUAUUCCUCUCUAUCACCCAAUUUAAUUGAGCAAAUAAAAGAGCUUAAAUCUAAGAAUCAAGAAUUCGAUUUAAGAUAUCUACUAAGACUAGUACUUUAUGAGGGAGAGAGGAUUUUCCAAGAUCGACUAGUUGAAGAAUCUGAGAGAGAAUGGUCUCAAAAAAUGAUGAAUAGCUUGAUAAUAAAGUACUUCCCUAAUAUAUCAAAGGAAGACUUAAAACGUCCUUUGUUAUUCACAAGUUUAGUAACUUCUGUAUGUCAAGAAGUGCCAAGAUCCACGAUUUGUGAAUUCUUACAAGAGAAACUCUGCGCUUUUUAUGAAGAACAAGGAUUUUCACGACUGGUUCUAUUUGAUGAAUUCCUAGAUAACAUUAAUCGAGUAGAUCGAGUUUUAAGACAACCUUUUGGUCAUUUACUUUUAAUAGGACCUCCAGGAUGUGGGAAAACCUUGUUGGCUAAUUUAGUAUCAUGGUUAAAUGGAUUGCAUGUUUUUACUAUUAAACCAGGACGUAAAUACGACAUAUUUGCAUUUGAAGCUGACUUGCGUCUUGUAAUGAAGAGAGCAGCUAUUAAAGGUGAGAAGUUGACGUUUAUAUUUGAAGAAUCUCACGCUUUAGGACCUGCAUUUAUUGAAAGAAUGAAUGCUUUAUUAGCCUCUGGAGAAGUACCAGGGUUAUUUCAAGGAGAUGAGUAUACUCAAUUGUUAAAUGAAUGCAGAGCAGCUUAUGGAGCUUCUGUGUCUAUUUCUGUGGAUGAAAGCAAUGAAUUAUUCCUUAAAUUCACGAAACUUGUACAGGAGAAUUUGCACAUUGUUUUUACUUUAAAUCCUGCAAAUCCCAACUUUAAGGAAACUCAAUCACUAUCUCCUGCUCUGUUUAAUCGUUGUAUAGUAAACUGGAUGGGGAGAUUAACUAAUUCAGCCUUAAAUCAAAUUGCUAGGUCAUUUCUCAACUUUGGACCUAAUUCUGAAUCUAAUUUAGGAGAUACAGCAUUACCUACACUUACAGAUACAGAUGUAACUCCUGAAACAUCAAUAAUUGACAUUGAUCCCAGUAUAUUGACUAUUGAAAGAAUUCCUACAAGCUGUAUGCCUUCAAUAGAAAAUAACGAAGACCGUAUCUCUGCUAUUACACAAUGUAUAGUAGAUUUAUUUUUAGCGGAAUUAGACAAAUUUAAUAAUCAAUCAAGUAUUAGUUCCCAUAGAAAAAAAAAUCCCAGUUAUCACUCUACUGUAUUAAACUUGUCACAUCAAGUAUCUCAAAGAACUCCAAGAGACUUCUUCGAUUUUUUGAAACAUAUUCUGAAAUUAUACAAAGAGAAGAAUGACUCAUUAUUGGAACAGCAGCAACAUUUAUCCUCUGGCUUAGAAACUCUACAUAGUACUGAGAUCCAAGUUGCAAAUUUACAGAAGGAUCUAGGAGAAAAAGAACAAACCCUUAUCAAGAAGAAUUCGGAAGCUGAGCAGAAAAUGCUCUUGAUGGUAAAGGAACAAGGAGAAGCUGAAGAUAAAAAGAAGACAACAGAAGUUCUGGCAAAAUCUUUGGAUGAGCAACAAGUUGUAAUUGCAGAACGUUCUAAUGAAGUUGAAAAUCAACUAAAAGUAGUUGAACCUAUUUUAAGAGAGGCAAAAAAUGCCGUUUCGAAUAUUCCUAAAAAAAAUCUGGAUGAGCUUAGAUCAAUGGCUAAUCCUCCUAGUUUAGUUAAGAUGACAAUAGAUGCAGUAGCUAUACUCUUAACAAACAACUUUAAUAAGCCACAAGUUUGGGAGGAAAGUCGCAAAGUCCUAAAGAGUGCAGAUUUUAUUAGUAGAGUAAUAAAUUUUGAUAGUACUGCAGUAACUAGUAAGACAAUCCAAAGGUUACAUAAGGAAUAUCUAGAUACUCCCGAGUGGGAUACUGAAAAAAUUAACAGAGCUAGUCAUGCAGCUGGUCCUUUAUCAUCUUGGGUAUCUAGUAUCCUUGAAUUUUCAACAAUUAAUGAAAAAGUAGGGCCAUUAAAACAAGAAAUCAGUAAUUUAGAAAAGAGUAAAGUUGAAAAUGAACAGAAUCUUGCAGCAGCUCAGAAAUUACUUAAAGAACUUCAAGAGCGUAUUGAUACUUAUAAGAAAGAAUAUGCAGAGUUAAUAUCUGAAGUUCAAUCUAUAAAGCGUGAGAAGGAAUUAGUUACAAACAAAGUAGAAAGAAGCAUUAAACUUCUAGGAAAUUUAACUACAGAACAAGAUAGGUGGCGUAAGACAAAAGAAGGAUUUCAGACAGAGUUGUCUAAUAUAAUGGGUGAUUGUUUACUUGCUUCGGCUUUCAUAUGCUUUGCUGGGGGUUUAGAUCAAAUUCAGAGAUCACAAAUGAUUUCAAUAUGGAGAGGAAUUAUGGAUGACUAUCAUUUAUCUCAUACAAAAGCUACGAACUUUAAAAUUAUUGACUUUCUUUCAAAACCUAGCGAGAGACUCAUAUGGCAAAGUUUCAAUCUAUCAAAUGAUGAUUUGUCUGUAGAAAAUGCUAUAAUACUCAAAAGACACAUUAGAUAUCCACUAAUUAUUGAUCCUUCAGGACAUGCAACUUCUUUUUUGGCUGAAUUUAGCAAUGCAGGAGGAUUCAAGGGAAUAGCAGGAUCUACAUCAGGAACUGGAAAAUCGGCUAAGACUUCAGUUACAACUUCAGGAUCAGGAACAAGAUUUGGAUCUUCAAGUGGAACUUCAAAUGUGACAUUGCGUCAAAGUGCAGCAUCAAAAUUGCAAUCUACAACUUUUAGAGACCCAAACUUUCCUAAAUUACUGGAAUCUGCACUUCGAUUUGGGUCUUCUCUAAUUAUCCAAGAUAUAACUUCUUCUUUAGAUCCGCUAAUAUACAAUGUUUUGAAUCAGGAAACUCACAAUCAUGGAGGCCGAACUCUGAUAACUGUAGGUGAUAAUGAUGUCGAUUUUUCACCUCAAUUUAAUAUGUACUUGACAACACAGGAUCCUACUAUUCAAUUUGGUCCGGAUAUAACCAGUAGGGUCACGAUGGUAAAUUUUACGGUAACUCCCUCGUCACUAUUCGAACAAUGUAGAAAUUUAAUACUCAAACAUUUGAGACCAGAUAUUGAUAAAAAAAGAAGUGAUCUAUUAAAAUUACAUGGGGAAUAUCGUGUACAGCUCCGUGAAUGUGAAGAUAACUUGUUGUUGGCUCUAUCUAAUGUACAUGGGAACAUUCUGGAAGAUGAAAAUAUUAUCAAUACUCUUGAAGUUUUAAAGAAAAAGGCUCAGGAUAUUCAAACUGAGACUCUAAAAAUGGAGUCUACGAUGCAACAUAUUGAUCAAGUUCUGAGUCACUAUCUACCUCUAUCUCUUAUUGCUACAAGAAUAUUCUUUACACUUCAACAUCUACCAGCUAUUUGUUCAUUCUAUCAAUUUGAUCUAAACUUUUUUUAUAGAAUUCUAUUCACAAUUCUAGAAAAGGGUGAAGUAGUAAACAAAAAAUCUACAUCUGAAGUUAUUGAAAAUCCCGAAGAAACAUCUAUUAUUGAAGAUUUCGAGCUAGAUAUAUCCUCACAGAAAGAGAUCAUUUUGAGACUUUUGAAAGAAGCUUUUGACCGUGUUUCUCAAGGUUUGCUUUAUAAUGACAGAAUGGUUUUGGGUGUUCAUUUAUUAAGGAUUUAUAUAGAAUCUUUCUACAAAGUUUCUCUAGAUGAAACUCUUGGUAAAGAGAUAGAUAUAUUAACAAAGGUAUUUGGAAUCUUGUCAACUUCAUCUAAGAAAAAUAGUGACUUAGGUACAGAAGAAGAAAAGAAAACACUAAAAGAUGACUCAAUUAUGAGCGAAAUUCCGAAAUCAUUACCUUUAGAUAGAGAUCAAAUACGUCAACUCAAUCACAUAAUUUCAUUUUUACCGUCAUUUUCCAAUAUACCAAAGUCAAUGAACGAGAAUACAAGUCAGUGGAUUCAGUUGUUAAAUUCAAAUGAACCUGAAGUUUUCUUAAAUAGCAAUUUCAAAGACUUAUGGCCAGUUGAAUCCAAAUCUGAUGAACAUUUAGUAUCAACUGUUCAAUUAUUUAAAGAGGGAAUUCUAAACUGUUUACUUCUUAAGCUAAUACGUCCUGAUCGUCUAUUAAUGGCUUUUAAUAUUUUAAUAUCUUCAAUUUUAGGUCCAAGUUUUACUCAGAGCCAUGAACUAACAAAAGAUGUACUUAAUAACAUAGUAAAUAGUCAAGUUAAUGAAUCUACUCCGAUACUAUUUGUGACAUCCCCAGGAUUUGAUUCAUCUCAGAUUGUGACCCAAGUAGCUAAGGAGAACAACGUAAAAAUUACAUCAAUUGCAAUAGGUUCUUCAGAAAGUGCAAUGAAAGCUGAUGAGACAAUCACAAAAGCUAUACAACAGGGAACUUGGGUAUUAUUGAAAAAUAUCCAUUUAUCUACUGGUUCUUUAGAUAAAUUGGAACAGCAAUUGCAGAAUCGCCAAUCAGCUCCAAAUAAAAACUUUAGAUUGUUUAUGUCUACUGAGUUGCCUAAGCAUCAAAUUUACGGUAAGAAAUCAAUUAAUGACGCAUCUUUUAAUACGUGUGCGAAUUCAAAUAAAGAAUCCGCCUUGGGAGUACCUUUGAAUUUGAUAAGAGUAUCAACAACAAUUGUUUUGGAGUCUCCUGUUGGUCUUAAAGCAGCUUUACAAAGGGCCAAUACAAUUACAAUUAGAUGUUUAGAAGGGGAACAGCAGUCUGAUGAUGCACUAUUAAAUACAUCAAUUAAACAAUCUGCACCACUACUAGUAAUUAAACUUCGUUUAUACUUUUUGGUAGCAUUUCUACAUGCAGUUAUACUCGAAAGAAAACGUUAUAGCCCUUUGGGCUGGACAAAGUUCUAUAACUUUAGUGAAGCAGAUCUUCAGUGUUCCCUUAGCAUUAUUAAUACAUGGGUAACUGAGAUACAAAUGAACGAUCCGGAACAAAUACCUUGGGGGGCAAUAAGGGAACUUAUAUAUCAAGUGUCAUAUGGUGGAAGACUAGACAAUGUUGUUGAUAAACAAAUACUGCAAAUUCUUAUUAGUGAAAUAUUAUCUUCAAAGUCUUUUGAAGAUAAUUUCCAACUUAUUUCAUCUACUUCUAAUUGGUCUAAGUUAUACAAGUCUGAAAAAUUAGCUUUAACAAAUCUUAUUGCUCCUGAUACAGCAAAAAAUCCCCAAGUAUAUCUAGAUUGGAUUGAAAAUCUGCCGAGUACAAACUUACCAACUUGGCUUGGUCUGUCACCAUUAGCUGAAAAUGUUAUUUUAGCUCAAAAAGGUUUGUUAAUGAGUACAAAUUGGCAUAAGCUUAUUGUUAAGGCUAGAAAUGAAACACCAGAUCUGCUUCCAAAUUCACAAAUAUUAUUUGGAAAUUCUCAAGAUGUUUCACAACAGAAUUACCUGAACUAUGAUGAAAGUUCUUUUGAUAUAAAUCUUUCUGAAGAAUCAGAAAUAUCAAGAGAUUUAUCUGAGAGUGAACUUGAAAACUCAUUUACUAGCCAACCUACAACAGGUUUACCAUCAUGGCUGUUUGGAGUUCAAGAUAAGCUUGAAAAUAUUUUAAAGCAUUUGUUACCAUUUUCAAAGUGUAUUCUUGAAAUUAUUCCGAAACUUACAGCUGAAUCUCAACAAGUAGAUGCAAUUAGUAGAUUUUAUAUUUCUGAAUUCAGGUCAUGCUUAAGUGGAUAUAAACAAAUUUGGCAAGAUAUACAAGAGUUAAAAAGUGUAUUUAAUGGAAUAUCUAAGUUGACGAAUAAUUUACGUGGUAUUGGACUAGAUCUACAAUCAGAUUUAGUACCAAGUGUCUGGUUUGAUCUAUUUCCCUUGCCUGCAUCCUCUAUAGACUUAUGGAUUGCGGAUUUAUCUAAGAGAUUAGCUCAAUACUGUAUAUUAGUAUACCAGUUGAGAUCAAAAAUUCCUUUAAAAAGUGGAGAUAUAAAUGCUAUAGAUGAAAUUAAAAAUACUGGUGAUGCAAAUUUAGAACUAUUUUCUUCAAUAGUUUUGACUAUAACUCCUGCAAUUAAGUGUAUAGAAAUGAAAGCAGUUUGGCUUGGAGGAUUUUAUGAUCCUGAAGCCUUUUUUACAGCUAGCAAACAAUAUGCUGCAAAAUUAUUAGAUUGUAGUCUCAAUGAUGUGGUUCCAAAAGUUACAGUUUUUGAUGAUAAUUAUUCAGCAUCUGAAUCUAAUUCUGAAUGUAGCUUUACAAUUGGAGGGAUUACAGCUACUGCUAUUGAGUGGAAUUCAGUAUCCAGAAUAUUUGAACUUAGUGUAAAUAGAGCAACCUAUGAGAUUCCCCCAAUUAGACUAGAAUGGGUUAAACAAUCUGAAAAUAAUUUUAUUUAUAGUGAUAAAAUAGAUGAUAAUGAAUAUCAAUUGAACUUACUACCUCAAAAUCCUUUGGAUGACACAAUAAGUAUACCAGUAUAUAAAGAUUCAUUUAGGGAUGAAAUAUUGAUAUGGCUUAGUGUUCCUGCAAAUAAAGGGGAAAAUAUCCAACAAUGGAGAUUAGCUGGAACAUCAUUAAUACUUUGGAAGGAGUAA